ACAUUCAUAGUCGGUAAACAUCAAUUAUUUGUGUUUCCUCCAAAUUUCUUCAAAGUAUAAAUAUUUCCGCUCAUGGGUUUUCACUUUCUCGUGCAAAUUCAACAUUCAUAAUCGUUUUUUCCACAAUUCCCAUUAUAGUCUGAACGGUUCAAUCGAAAUUGGGGCUAUUCUCUCAUCUGGGUCUCCUCCAAUACCCCGAAUUCGAGGGGAUUUCUUCCCCAUUUUUGCAGGUUCUCGAAAUGGGUCCGUCGGAGAAGGACCUGAAACGAGUGGUGGUGGGUCAACUCGCCGAGUCUGUGAGGCAGAUUUCGGGGCUCCCCGAGUGCAAUAGCAUCUGCAAGAAGAUGUACGGAGACCUGAUUCGAAGGGUGAGGCUGUUGAGCCCUCUGUUUGAGGAGUUGAGAGAAGAAGAAGAAGAAGAAGAAGAACUUGAAAUAGAUGUUCUUCAGGGCUUGGAAUUGCUUAGAAUUGCUUUGGAUUCUGCUGUAGAGCUUCUCAGGUCGGUCAGCCGAGGAAGCAAGCUAUAUCAGGCUUCGCAAUUGGAGAAGAUAGUACUUGAGUUUCAUCAUAUGACAGAAGAUAUUGAAGCAGCACUCAGCAAGCUUCCCAUUGACAAGUUCGGGAUCUCCGAUGAGGUUCGGGAACAGACUGAACUUGUUCACACCCAAUUCAAACGAGCGAAAGAGAGAGUAAAUUCAGCUGAUGCAGAGUUGGACAAGGAUUUAGCCAUAUCAGAGGAAGAGAAAGAUCCUGACCCUGCAAUAUUGAAAAGACUUUCUGAAAAGCUGCAUCUAAGAACAAUCAACGAUUUGAAAAAAGAGUCGCUCGCAAUCCAUGAGCUGGUUAUCUCAAGCGAUGGCGACCCGGGGGAUGUUUUUGGAAAAAUGUCGUCUAUUUUAAAGAAGCUGAAGGAUUUUGUACAAUCAGAAAACCCAGAAGUUGAAACUUCUCAAGGUGAAAGAAGUACAACCAUUAAGCACAGAUCUCCUGUUAUCCCGGACGACUUUAGGUGCCCCAUAUCUCUUGAAUUGAUGAGGGAUCCUGUCAUCGUCUCUACCGGGCAGACUUACGAGAGAUCUUGCAUUCAGAAAUGGUUGGAUGCAGGCCACAAAACCUGUCCAAAAACUCAGCAGUCUUUACUACAUACAGCCUUAACACCGAAUUACGUUUUGAAGAGCCUGAUCGCUUUGUGGUGCGAGAACAAUGGUGUUGAACUACCGAGGAAGCAAGGUAGCUGUAGAAACAGGAAAUCUGGAAGUAGUAUCUCAGAUUGUGAUCGGUCAGCCAUCGACGCCUUACUGGUGAAACUGGUAAGUGGAUCUCCAGAGCAGAAAAGAUCGGCUGCUGGUGAGCUCCGGUUACUAGCGAAGAGGAAUUCUGAUAACAGAAUCUGUAUUGCCGAGGCAGGAGCCAUUCCGUUCCUUGUCGAGCUAUUGUCCUCGGACGAUACUAGAACUCAGGAGCAUGCAGUUACAGCAUUAUUGAAUCUUUCAAUCAAUGACAGCAAUAAAAGAACGAUCGUUGAUUUACGAGCUAUACCCGCUAUAGUAGAAGUGUUGAAAAAUGGCAGCAUGGAGGCAAGGGAGAAUGCAGCUGCAACCCUUUUCAGCUUAUCCGUUAUAGAUGAGAACAAGGUCGCGAUUGGGGCAGCCGGGGCAAUCCCUGCUCUUAUAAGUUUACUUUGUGAGGGAACUCCCAGAGGAAAGAAGGAUGCAGCCACUGCUAUUUUCAAUCUUUCAAUUUACCAAGGAAACAAAGCAAGGGCAGUAAGAGCAGGCAUUGUGGCACCACUUAUGAGAUUUCUGAAAGAUGCUGGAGGUGGCAUGGUGGAUGAAGCUCUAGCCAUUCUGGCCAUUCUUGCAACUCACCAUGAAGGAAAGAUGGGAAUUAGGCAAGCCGAGCCGAUGACGGUUCUAUUAGAGUUCAUAAGAACUGGUUCUCCACGCAACCGGGAAAACGCUGCUGCCGUGCUGUGGUCGCUUUGCAGUACCGAUAUGGAGCAGUUGAAGCUAGCUAGGGAACAUGGUGCAGAAGAGGCAUUGAAGGAAGUAUCAGAGAAUGGCACAGAUAGAGCCAAGAGAAAAGCAGGAAGCAUUCUAGAGCUCUUCCAACGAUUUGAUGAACCAUCUUCUAAUCUAUAAAUUCUCCUGGAAUCAUUUCAUUCCAGAAGGUAAUCUGGUUCUCACUUCUCGCGUUAUGGUUAAUUAGGCCUGAUUCAUGAUUAGCGUUUAAUCGACCAUUUUCCACGACCUCGUUCAUGGGUUCUGCAGAUGAUGCAGAAUCAGAGGGCUAUCUUGCUUUGAUUUGAUUAUUAGAGGGGUGAAAGAAAUGAUGCCAAUGCCAAUGCCAAUGCAAUCUUCACCCUUGUAAUUAUAAGGCAUUAAAAGUGAAAGUUACCGUCUUCAUUUUUCAUAUCAUAAUAUAUUGUAUUUACGAUCAAGAAA